UACGUGCUCGCUCGCGGUGGCGGCGGCGGAUCGGAGAGGCCAGAGCCGGAGACCGAGCUGGGAUCGGGCCCCGGGCGGGGGCGGUGCGAGCGGCGCCAAGCCGAUCCUGGGGGCGGGGACGGAGCUUGGGCGGGCGGGACUGGAGCGGAGCCCGGGAACGAGGCGGGAGGUCCCAGGGUCUCGGGUUGGGGGGGUGGAGCCGCACUUCGUCGCCGCGGGGGUGCCGGGACUCCGGCCGCAGUGCCGCCGCCAUCACGGACUUCCUGUGGGACAAGCGCACGGGCCUCGCCGCCAGAACGAUGCCUCAUCCUCGAAGGUACCACUCUUCAGAGCGAGGCAGCCGGGGGAGUUACCAUGAACACUACCGGAGCCGAAAGCAUAAGAGACGAAGAAGCCGCUCCUGGUCAAGUAGCAGUGACCGGACUCGGCGGCGCCGGCGGGAAGACAGCUACCACGUCCGUUCCCGGAGCAGCUAUGAUGAUCGUUCAUCAGACCGGAGGGCAUAUGACCGGCGAUACUGUGGCAGCUACAGGCGCAAUGACUACAGCCGGGAUCGGGGAGAAGCCUACUACGACGCGGACUACCGGCAUUCCUACGAAUAUCAUCGGGAGAACAGCAGUUACCGCAGCCAGCGCAGCAGCCGGCGGAAGCAUAGACGGCGAAGGCGACGCAGCCGGACAUUCAGCCGCUCGUCUUCGCAGCACAGCAGCCGGAGAGCCAAGAGUGUAGAGGACGACGCUGAGGGCCACCUCAUCUACCACGUCGGGGACUGGCUACAAGAGCGAUAUGAAAUCGUAAGCACCCUGGGAGAGGGGACCUUCGGCCGAGUUGUACAGUGUGUUGACCAUCGCAGGGGCGGGGCUCGAGUUGCCCUGAAGAUCAUUAAAAAUGUGGAAAAGUACAAGGAAGCAGCUCGACUUGAAAUCAACGUGCUGGAGAAAAUCAAUGAGAAGGACCCUGACAACAAGAACCUCUGUGUCCAGAUGUUUGACUGGUUUGACUACCAUGGCCACAUGUGUAUCUCCUUUGAGCUUCUGGGCCUUAGCACCUUCGAUUUCCUCAAAGACAACAACUACCUGCCCUACCCCAUCCACCAAGUGCGCCACAUGGCCUACCAGCUGUGCCAGGCCGUCAAGUUCCUCCAUGAUAACAAGCUGACACAUACGGACCUCAAACCUGAAAAUAUUCUGUUUGUGAAUUCAGACUACGAGCUCACCUACAAUCUAGAGAAGAAGCGAGAUGAGCGCAGCGUGAAGAGCACAGCUGUGCGGGUGGUAGACUUUGGCAGUGCCACCUUUGACCAUGAACACCAUAGUACCAUUGUCUCCACUCGCCAUUACCGAGCACCAGAGGUCAUCCUCGAGUUGGGCUGGUCACAGCCUUGUGAUGUGUGGAGCAUAGGCUGCAUCAUCUUUGAAUACUAUGUUGGCUUCACCCUCUUCCAAACCCAUGACAACAGAGAACAUCUAGCCAUGAUGGAAAGGAUCUUGGGUCCUAUCCCCUCCCGGAUGAUCCGAAAGACAAGGAAGCAGAAAUAUUUUUAUCGGGGUCGCCUGGAUUGGGAUGAGAACACGUCAGCUGGACGCUACGUUCGAGAAAACUGCAAACCACUUCGGCGAUAUCUGACCUCGGAGGCAGAGGAACACCAUCAGCUCUUCGAUCUGAUUGAAAGCAUGCUAGAAUAUGAACCUGCUAAGCGGCUGACCUUGGGCGAAGCCCUUCAGCACCCUUUCUUCGCCCGCCUUCGGGCUGAGCCACCUAACGCCAAGUUGUGGGACUCCAGUCGGGAUAUCAGUCGGUGACGAUCAGGCCCUGGGCCCCGCUGCGUCUCUAACAGCAGUGGGUGUCCAGUCCAGGACACUGGUGCUUUUUUAUACAAGAGAACAGAGCCGGAGCCCACUCUCUCCUGGCUCCCUAUGUACCUGUGAAUAUGUGAAAUAGUGUAAAUAUGAAAGAACUUGUACCUAUCGCUUCAACCCCACCUUGUACAUAAUGCUAUUCCAUCUCACACUUCCCACCCUCACCUGCCCCUCCACAGUUGAGUUGGAUAGGGGCAGGAUGAGGUAACCAGGUGGCAUCUAUCCCAUAUUUUAUAAGGAAUUUUGUACAGUCUUUGUGAAAUAAAAUGACGUGCUUCAUCUGA